GGGAUUAAUUGGAUUCUAUCUCCUGCUUGCUGGGGAGUCGAUAAAACACUUUGUAUACAAAUGAUAUUCGUUCUGUGCGGUUUUCUAUAAAACGCAGUCCUAAAACACUCCGAUGGUCAUUUGCGUAAGCUGAUAUUCACCUUGCGGUCUCGUAUUACCGAUAAGCGCGGGAAAAUGCGAUGAAAUGUUCGAUCCUUGUGGUGAUCAAAUGAAAUCAUGAGUGAUUUGUAUCACAAGGCCGCUCGUGAUGGAGUCUUCGAACUCCUGAAAACAGCCACGAAACGAGACGCGAACCGAAGGGACGAAGACGGAAUGACUCCAGUACACUACGCCGCUAGUUGUGGAAACGUCGAAGCCCUUAGAUUGCUGGUCGGAAAAGGAGGGGACCCUGACAGAACAAACCAAGAUGGGGCAAGUGCUGUUCACCUGGCUGCCAGCUGUGGACAACUCAAUUGCUUGAGUUUCCUUACAAACUUUGGUGCAGACAUCUGGGCUCUGGACAACGAGGGGCGAACACCAUUGGAGGAAGCUGCCCUUCAUGGGCGUAUGGAAUGUGUGCGACAUUUGGAUGGGCUUAUUGCUAUCCACAUGAUGCGCAAUAAGAAAGAAGUAGACAGGCACAGGAGGCAAGCCAAAAAAGAUAUGAUGAAAAGGAUUAAAAAGCAAGAUAAGAACAUACAAUCACGAGAUGAUGCUUAUGAAAAAAGAGUUGCAAAGGAAACUAGAGUAAGGAGCAGGUCAGUGAAUGACCACCAGAAAGGUACAUGGAAUGGAAAUGGAUUGUCUGUGCCUCAUAAAAAUGCUGAGAAACAAUUUUCAGAAUUAACUGAUGUUGGCCAUUUUCCAGAGCAAGAUAAAAGAAAUGACAAGAAAAGUACAAAGGCCUAUUCUUCAGAGACCUUUCAGUUUGGUUCUAAAAAAGGCCGCAUGAUGGGAGUGUUUCGCUCAAAAUUCAGCUCGUUACGUAGCUCUAAAGAUGAGCCACAAAUUAUAAAUCGUAGGUCAUUGGAGGAUGCUGGCUUAGUAAGGAGCUUCUCCCAGAGUACACCAUCUUUUUUAGAUCAGCUUGAGUCCAAGGCAGUUGAGAAUCAGCACCAGAAUUUAACCUCAGACUCUGUAGAUCCCUAUGAACUUGAUUAUUCAGACUUGUCUUUUGGACAUGUGGUCAAAAAAUUUGAUGACAAAGGUAAUGUUACAACACAUGUUCAUUAUGUGCCAAAGAAUCCCACUAGAAUGACAAAUGGAAGCAUGACAAGCCGAACUAGCCUCAGCAGUCAGUUAAGCUCUAGCAGUCAGCUGAGUUCAUCAUUUAAUGACAUUCGCAGUUUGAAAUCUAUUGACCUUGAAGACACAUUCUCAGUGUCAGACUUUGAAAUGGAUAACACAAGAAAUAAAACCCUUGUUACAUUUAUGGCUUCACUGAACUUGGAACAGUUCAGUACAUCUUUGAUCAAUGAAAGCAUUGAUUUAAGUACUCUAUCCCUCUGUACUGAUAAUGACCUCAAAGACAUUGGCCUCCCUCUUGGGCCAAGAAGAAAACUUCUGGAUGCUGUACAGAAAAGAAAUGCAGCUUUAAGUCAUCCUGGACCUAUGAGUGACUCAAAAAUUUAAUUUUAUUGAAAGGUUUCAGCGAGCAAUUUAUUCUGUAUUUUCAGUUCAUUUGGAAUAUGACAUUCAUACCUGUAUUUUUGAUGAAUUACGUGAUGAUAAAUUCAUUUUUCCUUGUUCUGAUUAACCAUGAACUGAAGCUUUCAAACCUGGCAUUCAACAUAAAGUGCUGAAAAGCGGCCUGAGAAAAAUACAUAGUCAAUUAACAACUACCAUGCAAUGAUACAAAUUAAGAUUUGAAACGUUGUCUUGUAAACUAAAAGAAAGAAUCUCUCAUGAAAUCUAUACAAUGAAUUGCAACUAUUCAAAAAAAAGAAACAUUGACUUCCUAGUUUAAUGAAAAAAUUAAAAAGAAAUUGGAAUGGGAUGGAAUUUUAAUUGUUUUUCAUGGUCAGUUUUCGAUGUAAUUUUGGGAAAUGUCAGUUCUGUAACAAUUAUGAUGUUAGCAUAUUCAACAGAGAGUUGAGCCCUACUUAGAUUGCUUUCAGAGUUCGUGAAUUAUAAAAUAAUUAAUAAAUAUUAGAGAAAGGAGUAUGGAUUCUUGAGGCUACAGUUGGAAGAAUGCACUAAAUUUUAUAAAGAACAAGAGAUAUGGCACUGUUUGCAUGGUUGAAUUUCUCUACUAUCACUCAAUGCAUGCUUUGCUUGUUUUUUGCUCACACUUUUUUCAUGGAACUUGGAGUGGUAAUGGAGUAAGUAGAUAAUGAGAUCAUCUUUGAGACAGUUUCCAUUGAGCACUUGCACUUUAUGAUCAUAGGACUGAAAGAAAAAAGAAAACAGACCAUCUGUGGUCAAAGUUUGCUCAUUCCUGACAAGGCAAAACUAAACAAUUUUGAACACACUUUCCCAUUCAGAUGGAUAGCUAUUAGUAGGCUGGAAAGAAAAUUACAAACUGCACAAAAUGAGUCCAAGAGACAACUUAGUCAGACAUACUGAUAAUUAUCAGUCAUAACUACAGUUAGUUCUAGCAUUACAAGAUUGCUGCAAUAUAAAAUUAUGCUAGGUUCCAAAAUUAAAUAAAAGAAGUUCACACCAA